AUGGAGGUGUUUCAGUCAGUGGAAGAGGCAGAAGGAGGAUCAGAUUCACUAGUAUCCUUGGAUGAACACGUGAAGCCGGAUUGUUGUGUUUCUGAUUCUACUUUCCUAAUUGAUCGCCAAUACACUACAAGGAAAGAGGGGGAAGGUGUAGUGGAUGAUGAAAGAGGGUUAGUAUAUGCAAGUGAAUCCGCAUAUCAAGGUUACCAUUCAGAUGCAGAUCUGUCGAUAAAUUUAGAG